UUUUUUCCCCAUCUUAGAUUCUCGUCGAAUCCCGGUAAAUGAUUUCUAUCGGAUUCAUUACAUACUUUAGUUUUUCAUCUUUUAUUUUAAUUGAUCUUCGAUUGCAUAUUUGCUAUUAUAGAAUAAUAAUGAGUAAUAAUAAAACAUGCGCUUUCAUCAUUGAUGAUGGCGACCGCGCAAGACAAAUCGAAGAUAUGGCUUUUUUCCAUGAAUCUUCAACUUUUGCAAUCCGCAGACUUUUUAUCAUGAAAUUAAGAAAUUCAAUCAAAAAGGAUUCCAAGGUUGUUCAUGGUCGAUAUAUUCUGGUCAAAGCAAUUUUACUGCAAGAACUUUCACUUCACGCGAGAGAGGAUCGCGGGACAAUGGUGGGGGAACGAAGAAAUUUAGAUUUGAGUUUCAAUGCGAAUCUAGAACGUCGCGCGUACUGACGUGAUGAACAUCACGUAGCAUUGAUGUGUUUGAGUUUGAUCAAUCGAACUGGCGAUUGUGCUUUGCGAGGAAGACUUCUCUCUACGUCGCGUUAUCAGAAAAUCUUCCCGGCUCGGUAUCUCCCGCUCGAUCGAAAGUACGAACUUCGACUGAUACACUUCCAAUCAUCUGCCAUGAGGAAUUUCACUUCCUGCCUAGCUGUGAUCACGUUAACAAUGUUCGCCAUCCUUUUCGCUCUAACCGAUAGAAGUACAGCUCAGCUCCCGGAACCUAAAGCGCCUAAUUUCCAAUACUUUGAACGGCCAAGAUAUCGCUAUCCAUAUUACGACGAGAAUGGCAAGGGAAAGCUGUUGUACGGUUACGGCGGGCCGGAAUUAUAUCAAUAUAAAACUUAUAGCGCUUUGGAAGGAAUCCAUUAAUAUAAAUAACUUUUUUUUUAUCAAA